AUGUCGCAUUUUGAAGUCUUUUCCAAUCACAACCACACACAAGCAUCGGCAUCGCUGCAAGACCGCAGCCCGGAUGGAACCGAGGAUCGCUUCGAUGCUAGGCGGGUCGAAAGCUUGCUCGUCUUUUGGCCGGCCAAGCUCGUCGACCUGUCCUAUCUCAUCGCUGACGAUGCCUCGAACAACAAGCCGGAUCAAGGCGAGGUAGCCCUCCUCGUCGGCUAUAUCGUGCCUGGACACCCGCACGAGGCUGCUGCGCUGGUCAUCGGCACAGCUCGAUCACGAUGCAUAGCUGCCGCUCGCAGCACGAUCGAGUCCAAGGACCUCGCCAUCCUUGGCAUCUUGCACGACACCUCGGACGGCAUCGAUGCAAAGCAUCAAGCGUGCGAUCACUCGCCCAUCUGGAUCAGCGCCGUGCCGCGGUCCAGACGAUGUGACCCUCCCGCACUCGUCUCUGUACGUCUGGGAGGUGGUGCGGAAGCCAUCCAGGAUGCCGCGUCCUGCGCCUCGGGUGUGGUGCAGUACACGGUGCCCAACUCGCGCAUGAUGCAGUACUUUUCGCUCGACUCCCUUCGGCUCGCGCCCGUGUCCGGCAUGAAGCUCGUCUCGCUCGCAGCUGUGUUGCUCGGUUCGGACGCAGAUCCGUCGGAGCUCUCGUCUCGCAUGGCUGCCUACGCCGCACCUUCGGCACACGAGCAAAAGUUCCUGCGCUUGCUCAUGCUCGAUCCGGUGCACUGGCGAUCACUCAAGGACGUCGAGCCGCACCAGAAUCGAAUGCCCCGCGGAACGUGCCUGCGCCGCUCCAUCGAGCUGAUCAAUCGUCUGCAGCACCAGUACGCGCACCUCGCCCGCAGCGAGAUCAAGAAGGCGUCGUCCAACGGUUCGGCAUUGCCGGCGCAGCGAUCGAUCGUCGUCGAUCAACUGCAUCUGCUCGGCCGCGCACUCACUUUGGUGGCGCUUGGUGUGCAGAAAGCGCUGCGCUAUCCACUCUUACGAUCGGCCGGGCUUAGUCUGGUCUCGAUGUCCGCGUGUGCACGUCAGCUGGACACGCGCAUCUCGCAGAUGGUCGUGGCACCGCGGCUGGCGUCGCGGCUGCGGCAGCUGCGCAAGCAGCAAAAGCUGGGCACGCACGAGCUGGCAGCGCCGUACAUUGGGCUUUGGAAUGCCAUCUGGCUGAUCGCCAACGACGUCAUCCUGGGCCACGCAGCGAGCGUGCUGUUGGUGCAAAACGCGGCGAUGCUGGCUGGAGUGGGUCGAGGCUUGGUGGAACGCUACCUGGUGGACGGCGUGUUUUGGCUGCUCUCGUGGCUGGAAAGCUGGCCGGUGGGGUUGAAGCUCAACACGGAGCUGUCGCUGUUCUUUAGCGAUGCCUAUGCGUCGCUCACGCAUGCGUGGCAUUCGCAGGCGCUGGCGUAUGUGCUGCCGCGACUCGAGGCGCUGGUAUUGGCGACGGCGGUGGUGGGGCGAUGGAUGGGUGUGACAAUGGUGCUGUGCGUGAUGCAAGACGUGGUGUCGAUCUGCACGCUGCACAUCACCAUGUUCUACACGCUCUCAUCGCGCACGCUGCGCGCGUUCGUCUACGUGCUCUCGGCGUUGUUCGACGUGUUUCGCGGCAAGAAGCGCAAUGCGCUGCGCGGCGGACGGUUGGACGAUGCGAGGUACGAGCUGGACCAGCUGGUGCUGGGUACGCUGCUGUUUACGCUCAUGGCGUUCCUGAUGCCCACCGUAUACGUCUACUAUCUGGCGUUUGGAGUGGCGCGCUUUGGCGUGGUGGCGUUGGAGGUCGGGGUGAUUCAGACGUGCUUGGGACUGCUGAACCAUCUGCCGCUGUUUGCACUCAUGCUUCGCAUCAAGGACUCGCAUCGGCUGCCGGCGGGUAUGUGGCUGCAGGAGCUCGAGCCGAGGCCGAUGGAUGUCAAGGUGGUGGGCGAGAUGUCGACGGCUCGAUUUCGGUUGCGAUCGCGUGCGCUGGCGGUGGGCGACAUCUUUGAAGGAUACGGCGAGCACGUGGGCGGAUUGCUCGAGGUGCCCAGCAUGCUCCUCCGCUGCCUCCUCGGCCAGCCUCUGCGUCGAAGUGUCCGUUGA